ACGUAACUUAGUGUGUGGAUGUCGGAUCCCCUGAACACCGCGGUUGUCCUUUUAUAACUCAUGGAUCUUUCUUUGACCCUGUGACGUUUUCCACAGAAGUCAAUGAAUAGUGGUUAGAAAUAGACGUUAGUUGGAAAUUCCACUCACAUUUAAAUACGACGUCAUACUCGAUGCGACGAUCCAGGAAGCAUGCCUAGGAGCCAAAAUGGCGCUGAUCUGGAUGGAGGCAGCUGAGGAAGCAGAUGUCGGUUAAGAAGAGGACGCGGGCCGUGUAACACACAACACCGCGAGACACACGCCGAGGUUUCCGGAGAAGAAACGAGGAGCCAAAGUUAGAUGUGGUGUCAUGGCGGAGCGGUGUGCUGAGUGUUCAUGGAAGAGACACAUCUUGGAUCAGCUGAAAGCCAGAGACAGAGUUCAGAGGCAGAGCUUUGAGGAGAUUGUCCUCCAGUAUAACCGUCUGCUGGAGAAGUCUGACCUGCAGACUGUUUUAUCAGAAAGAUACCAACCGGACAAGUAUGACGUCCAGAGAGGACACGACUCAAGCGUGGGGGCAGACCCUAACCGCGGUGAGGUCCUGCAGCAGGAGAUGUCUCAGAUGAGAAUCAAACACCAGGAGGAGCUGACAGAGCUGCACAAGAAGCGAGGAGAGCUGGCUCAGAAUGUGAUCGAACUGAACAACCAGAUUCAACAGAAAGACAAAGAGAUCCAGAGCAACGAGGCCAAGAUGUCUGAGUACCAGCAGCAGAUCAGCAGCCUGGAGGGAGACUGUCGUGAGCUGAGGGGCUACUUACAGGACCUGGAGCGGGCCAACCAGACCCUGAAAGACGAGUACGACGCCCUGCAGAUCACCUUCUCUGCUCUGGAGGAGAAGCUGAGGAAGACAAGCGAAGACAACCAGGAGCUGGUGUCCCGCUGGAUGGCUGAGAAGGCUCAGGAGGCCAACAAGCUGAACGCAGAGAACGAGAAGGACAGCAGGCGUAGACAGGCUAAGCUGCAGAAGGAACUGGCCGAGGCAGCAAAGGAGCCACUUCCCAUCGAGCCGGACGACGACAUAGAGGUUCUGGCAGAGGAUGGCGGGAAGGGGGGAGGAGAGACGUCUCCCAAGAGAGCGCUUAGCAGGACUCCAAGUAAGAAGAGUUCCCAGCCUCCACCUGCUGGUCUGCUGGACUCCAUCUCCAACAUCUUUGGCGAGUCUGAGUGUGUCAAGCCUGGACUCGCCCCCCCGCUCUCCAGGCGUCGACCUGCUAACUCCUUCAGCUCUUCGCCUGAGAACACCGACGCCCCCUCUGGAGUGUGUGCGGAGGUCCGAGUCCCUUCAACCGCUCUCCACGUGUUCGAGGCACACGACGGCGAGGUCAACGCAGUGAGGUUCAGCCCUGGAUCUCGUCUCCUGGCAACCGGAGGGAUGGACCGCAGGGUGAAGCUGUGGGAAGUGGUUGCAGGUCGCUGUGAACCUAAAGGCGCUCUGACCGGCAGCAACGCUGGAAUCACCAGCAUCGAGUUCGACAGCGCUGGCUCCUACCUGCUGGCGGCCUCCAAUGACUUUGCGAGUCGGAUCUGGACUGUAGACGACUACAGACUCCGACACACCUUGACGGGCCACAGUGGGAAGGUGCUGGCAGCUCGCUUCCUAUUGGACAACGCUCGCAUCGUCUCCGGGAGCUACGACCGCACGCUGAAGCUCUGGGACCUCCGCAGCAAAGUCUGUAUGAAGACGGUGUUUGCUGGUUCCAGCUGUAACGACAUUGUGUGCACGGAGCAGUGCGUCAUGAGCGGACACUUUGAUAAGAAGGUUCGAUUCUGGGACAUCAGAGCAGAGAGCAUCGUCCAGGAGCUGGAGCUGUUUGGAAGAGUCACGUCUCUGGACCUGAACCACGACCGCACGGAGCUGCUCACCUGCUCCAGAGACGACCUGGUGAAGAUCAUCGACCUGCGCACCAACGCUGUGAGGCAGACGCUCAGUGCUCAAGGGUUCAAGUGUGGAGCUGAUUGGACGAGAGUCACCUUCAGUCCCGACGGCAGCUACGUGGCUGGAGGAUCAGCUGAUGGAGCUUUGUACAUCUGGAAUGUCCUCACAGGGAAAGUGGACCGAACUCUAGACCGGAACCACAACUCUGCCAUCAACUCAGUGUCCUGGUCGCCCUCCGGAGCAUUCGUGGCUAGUGUGGAGAAAGGCAGCAAGGCCAUCCUGUGGUCUGACAUGUGACCUGAUGGAGCUGAUGAUGGAGCACCUCUUGUUGUUGAACUCUGACCAAUGAGACUUGUCCUUUCUUCAUGUGGACUUCUCCGUAAACACAGGUUGACUCUGGUGUUUACUCUUGUUCUUCUGGGAGCUUUAAAUGGUUCCGAAACCAACAUGUCAAAGUCUUUAGUGUGUGUGUGUGUGUGUGUGUGUGUGUGUGUGUGUGUGUGUGUGUGUGUGUGUGUGUGUGUGUGUGUGUGUGUGUGUGUGUGUGUGUGUGUGUGUGUGUGUGUGUGUGUGUGUGUGUGUGUGUGUGUGUGUGUGUGUGUGUGUGUGUGUGUGUGUGUGUGUGUGUGUGUGUGUGUGUGUGUGUGUGUGUGUGUGUGUGUGUGAGAGAAACUGCUGAGUGUCAAACGCUUAUCGGCUCAGCUGAUGUGACGUCGGAUCUGAAUCCCAACACGGAUAAUGAAUCUGUAUUAGUCGUUGAUUAUCUUCAUAUAAAGAUGCGCUUUAGGAUGUAAACAUAACAAAGGAAGGAAAUGUGUGUUUGGAUGAUUAUUUCUUUGUUGAAACGAUGCUUCUUAGCAAUAAAUUCUGUUGGAAAGCC